AUGAAGUCUUCUGUCACUCAGUUUUGGCAUCAGCCGUGGUCUCCGAUGCGACGAAAAAGAGCAAGAAGUUCGAAUCCAAAUGGAUGCAAGACAAAACCGACGACGUUGGAAGUUGAUGGAGCUACUGAGAACAAUAAUGGAAAACUGAUAUUACCAAACUCAACAAGUCAACCAAUGCUCUCAACUCAAUCAGCACGAGGGUACAACACUCUUCCUCGACGGGCUGCAAUACUGACAUCUUCGCAGUCUCAAACAGGCAUGAUUUCGUUGACACAGCAGGUCAGCGCUGUUCGAUUGGAUACUCAUAAAAGUGAUACUUUUGAACAGAAUGAUCUGGUACUUGAUAACACUGGAGCUGUAUUAUCAGGUAGUCGAGAUGCACUUAUUCGACGACUUGUUCCAACAAGAGAUUUCUGUCCAGAUGAAUCAUAUAUCUUUUCAUUGCUUGUAAAUAUUCGAACUUUUAUCUCUCCACACGAAUUGAUGCAAAAAAUAGUCCAGUAUUGCAUGUUCGCUCAAAAUGCCGACUCACACAAUUUCGCGAAGGAAGGCAGAGGGAGAAUGUUCGCACAUAUCUUGAGACUGUGCAGUGAAUGGGCAACAAAUAUACCGUAUGAUUUUAAAACUGAAUAUAUGAGGACAAGACUAAAUGAAUUACUACGAUUAUGUGCAGUGGAUAAGACUUAUCAACAAAAAACAACAGAACUCCAGUCAACAUUAAGAUCAUCGCUAAAUAAAUUGGAUCGGUAUGAGAAAGCAGUUGCAAAUCUUCAAAAAGCUCUGUCAGAAAACACAAAUCUCCCAGAACAAUCUGAUAGUAUGACGGGAUUAUUUGUUUUGUGUAAUGACGCAAAGACAGUCGCCCAACAAUUGACGCAUAUUGAAAUGGAACGAUUCAGUAUGGUUGGAGUUGAUGAAAUUGUACAGAGCCUCGCAUCGGAUCCUUUAUCAGAAAUCGGAAGACACUCGAAAAAUAAAGAAGGAACGAUAAGCUCAAUAUCAUUUUAUAUUGAAUGGUUUAAUAGGUUAUCUGCAUUUGCAGCAAUUGAAGUUUUGAAACAGACAAAGAAAAGGAAUCGAGUUGCUGUCUUUGAGUUUAUGAUUGAUAUUGCCAAAGAAUGCUGUGAAAUUGGAAAUUUUAAUUCAAUGAUGGCUAUUGUUGCUGGAUUAUCUCUUCCUGCAGUCAGCAGGUUAAAGAAAACUUGGUGUCGAGUGGAAAAAGCUAAACUUGAAAUCCUUCAACACCAACUGGAUCCAUCUGGAAAUUUCUUGAGCUACCGAGCAACAAUCAAAGCUGCUCAAUGGAGAGCCGAUAGUGCAAGAGGAAAUCAACAAAAAAUUGUGAUACCAUUUUUUGUUCUUCUACUCAAAGAUUUAUUCUUAAUCUAUCACGGUCAUCCAAGAAUUCUUCCAAAUGCUCAUCUCAAUUUUAUGGCAUUUAAUCAAUUGGCUGAGCAGUUAAGAGAUGUCAUUCAAUGGAAAUCAACUGUUUGUACAUUUGAAAAGAAUCCACAAGUUUUACAAUAUUUACUGAUUACAUCAGUCUCUGGAGAAAAAGAUUCAAUGUUAAUGUCAUUUGAAUGUGAACCUCCAGAAUCAUCAUCAGAACGAGACCAACAUAAAAAACUAAAAGGCGGAAAAUGAUUAUUUUAUCCUUCAUCACUUUCUCUGCACUUCCAUGUCAAUUUCCUGAUCCCAUCUCAUCAUUGUUCCCGUUGUCCUAGUCAAAUCUUGAUAUUAUCAAAUUCUAGUCAAUUCAUAUCUUAAAUAGUUUCUUUUUUAUUCCAAUAUUCAACCGUAUUCCCAUACCAUGGGUCUUGCAACGAUCUUGAACUCCUCUGAGAGAAUAUAAUAA